AUGGCGGAGCAGGUGAGGAUGAUAGGGAACCUGCUCGCGAUGCUGAGAUCGACAGAGGUGGCGCGGCUGCCGGCGACGAAGGAGCCGUUGGACGGUCUACAGGAGACUCUUUGGAAAACGCUGGAAUUGGUGGAAAGUUGCAAAGACAAGAGUUAUCUUUACAUGCUUGCCAUGGGUUGGAGCGUUGUGAAUCAGUUCCGCCACGUUCAGACGCAGAUCGAUCGCUACCUUCAUCUCGGGCCCCUCAUUUCCGUUGUUCACGAUCUUCGUAUGCAGCCCCUGAUUAAUUUGGGACAAAGUUAUAGAAUGUCACCCUUCACUGUCUGUGCUACCACAGGGAAUAUAACAUGGAUCUCCUCCCAACAACGGUGGCAACUUGGAGCUACUAUUAGACAUUCCAGCGAAGAGGAUCAAAGGGAAUACACUCUGGAUGAAGAAGAAAUGGAGUCCCAGAAUGUGAUACUAAAGAUUAAUCAAUCUAAGAAGGAUGCAGUAUAUUGGAGAAGUCCUUAUCUCAUAGGUACCCAAAUUUGGGGUUUCACGAGGCCCUCCGAGAGGAGAAAGAAAAACUGCAUAUUGAACUACAUAGAUCGAGAACCAAUAAUGACCCAGAGCAAUGCAUGGUAA